ACCUACUCGGAUUAUCAUGUAUUUAAUGGUGACACGUGCACACUGCUAACUGGCAACGAUACUGUCAGCAGGAUUUCUAUAAAUUGAUAAAAUAUUUCAUCGCUGAUUGAAUUAAAAUGGUCGAAGUAAAAAAUUGUUGCAAAAGGUGUCCAUUAAGAAAUGAUAAAACGGUUCUCACAGCUAUGCUCUUGGUCUAUAGCAUGACAUUUUAUGAAGUUACUUCAAUGACUACUCACGAGCGAGCUUUGGUUAUUUUCGUAGAAACUGGGUUCACAUGCAAGAAUGGUACUCGUAUACGUGGACAUCAAAGAUGCGAUGGAAAAGGAGACUGCUAUCAGAACGAAGAUGAAGUUGGCUGCAUUGAAAGAGACUGUUUGGAGGACAGCGAUUGUUCGAAGUAUUUGGCAUGCUUCGAGAAUAAAUGUAAAAACCCAUGCACAAUAUGUUCGAGCAAUAUUCCAAAUGAAAGGUUCAAUGGUCGUACGUCAUUUACGCUAAACUUUCGAGAAGAACCAAAGAAUGUGCUAUGCAUUCGCAAAAACUGCAAGGAUCCCUGCGUUAGGUGCGCUUCGUCAUAUGCAAUUUGCGAAGUUGAGAAUCACAAGCCAAAAUGCAUCUCGGUUCUGCACUGAAGAACUACAGUCUUUUUUAAAUCAUCGCUAAGCUCAGAAAUUUUAUUUUUGAUCAACUUUUUUUAAAAACAAGUAGGUAAAUAUUUUUAUUUAUUAAAUACUCAUUUUUUAUACCAGGCAAAUAUUAUACUUAAUAAUAAAUUUAUAGGUUUGUAAAACUAAAAUAAUAAUAAUAUUCUGAA